AUGCAGUCUACCGUGAUUUCCUUGGCCAUUGUAAUUCUAUUGGCUACAUCGCCAACAAAUGGAUUUACAAUACAUCGAAAUCAAGAGAAAUCUGAGACAGAGGCAGCUGAUCUAGUAGUAGCGGAAAGCACAUUGCUUGAAGUUAAAAAUGAUCUCAAUAGACCCAAUGAUAUUAAAGCAUUUGAAAUAACUAAACACGAAGGCUUAGACAAAACACAGACAACAGAAAACUUCAGAAAUAAGUAUUCAAGUGAUGAAGUAAAAUCAAAACAUAAACUAAUUGAGAAGGGAGAAAAAACAUACGCGGGUACCUUAAAAUCUAAUCCGGAGCUUACAACAGAUUACUCAAAAGAGAGAAUUCAAUUAACAACGUCAGAAUAUAAAAUCACACUGACAACAGCAACUAAUAAUGGAAAAAGCGAUGUUGCCACAACCAGGAAUUCCGAAACGACUGCAGCGAAACCGGGUACAGAAGUUACAGAAACUGACAACCCCUACACAUCCACCCAGCUAACUUCAGUGAGUACAGUAAAUAAUCCCAACAGAAACGAAACAAAAGAAUUAACAACGGCGAUAAUCAAAGAUAAUUCUGAAGGCACAACGGUUUUUAAUCAUAUUAAUCUUGGAGCAGAAGUGAAUGCGUUACAAGAUAGUACUUCGUUAGAUGAAACAGGGUUUACGUUCGAAGAUGAUAAUAAAAAUAACCAAACGUUUUUGAAUAAAGAAAAAUUCGAUUCAUCGGAGAGGGCAUUGAGUUCUCCAGAGGUGACCAGUGAAAUUAUAGAGACAGCAAGAAAAACACCUAUAGGUGAAACCGGAACAACAUUUGAUGCAGGUCUUACUACCGCACUUGCAACGGAAGAGCUCACAAAAGCAAUUCAGGAACUUAGCACUGUGUUAGAUAACACUUCAGGUAUCAUUGAUUUAAUUCCAAUAUUGAAUGCAACAAAUGCAUCGACUGAAGCAAGCACUCCAUCUGACUUCAACACAAGAGUACAAGAAAGUUCACAAACAAAAGAUCAAUCAAGUGUUACGACGACGGAACCUUCAUGGAGGAAAUAUACAAUUAUUGAUAGAAAACGUAUGACGACACCUGAAGUAACAACAUAUACAUCAAAUGAAGAGAUACCUAAAGCUGAGACAUCAUCAACUCGCAUAAGUCUUGAAGAAGCACUGGCUGUGACUCCUAUAGCAUCAUUAGAGAGACUGAGAGAAGAUCUUAUUGCUAAUAAGAAUAAAUUAGCAGCACUUCAAGAGUUGUCUACUACCGAAAGGAACUUCACUUCGGGCACGGAAUCCUCCACUGCAACUCCGCCACUGAAAAAACCGGAAGGUAAAGUAGGGAUGGUGUCUUCAAUGCGUGCAGGAUUUCUAGAUUAUUCUGGAAAAUCUUCUUCGCAAGAAAAAACAACUACGGAACAAACAAAAGAAACAUUUAGAAAGUUGUACGAUAGUGAAGCAGGAGAAAUUGAUCGAUUGACACAGAAGUAUGGAAAUGACGUGGAGUCCCAAAGUCAAUUGGCAGAAGACGCGAUGAAGGAAGAGUUGUUGAAAGAAGCAAUGUUCAAUGACAAUGUAGUAAAUGCUCAAAGAUAUCGCGACGAUCGGGCUCACACUGAGGGAGUCGAGCCGAGCCUUACAACAGAUUUAAGGACUGCUCUGGAUUCCCUAUUAAAUAUACCGGAAAAUAAAACUUCCGAAGAUGCACUAAACGUUCAGCCUAUUUCACAAGAACAAGGAAAAAACAUUGACUUAUAUGCCGUUAGCCCUAACUAUAAACCAAUGAAACGCAUAGAAGUGCAGCCAGCAAAACCAUUUGUAAGAGAUCCUGAUGACAACAGUUGGAGAAAUGAAAGCAUCAGUUCCUUAGGAAUUGUGUUUAAGCCGAAAAACUCAUCCAAAUCUUUUACUCAGGUAUUGAAAAAUAAGACUGAAAAUGUUUUAAGUAGUCUAGCGGACAGAGAUAGCAAAAAUGGUGUUCCGGAUUUGAGGGAAAGAUUAGAAAAGAUAGCCGAGGUGAGAAAGUCUAAGAAAAAGAGAAUAAACAAAUUUGGGGAGACCGUCUACAGCGACUACGAAGAAAGUAGCGCUUCUGGUGAAAGUUUCAGUACGCCUAAAACCGAAACUACCACUGCUUCCUCGUCAGAAACACUUAGUACUAAUACAACAACUCCACCCAGUUCUACAACGGAACAUAAAACCACUCAAAGUAUUGAAACCAAGGAAAUUACAAAAAAGGAAAAGGAAAUAUCUGAGACCAUUCCUACUCCUAUGGAAGAAAUAUUGAAACUGAAUGAUCCAGGUGUUGUGCCUACACGAAAGCCAAGUAAAUUUUACAACAUUGCAGAAUAUUAUGACACAACUGACGAAUACGAUGCUGACUAUUUGUCAUUGUCAAAAAUUGAUUUGAAAAAGUUUACGAUUCCGUUUAGAUCUAAAGAAACGGUCGUGACGCCUGCAGUAGAAAAUCUGCAAACGAAGCCGCACUAUCCCCCAGACAGAAAGCCCACCAUACAAUACUUCCCACCACGUGUUGUAGCAAAAGUAAAUGUGCACGAUUACGAUGAAGAUUUCAACCGUAAAGUCAACCAGUACACCUUGAAGGACGCGCCUAAAAGUCCGGUAGAUACAACAUUCCGAGCCGUGACCUCAGCUCCAAACCAUAAUGAAAAAGUAGGCUAUAAAGAAAUUAGUAACAAACCAACUAUAAUACCCCAUAUUAAUCCGAUUGACAUAAAUAAGAAGCUAUACGAACCACACGUACCCCCUCAAGUAUCUCAAGCGCCUCCACAUUUACCCGAACAACCUCAAGGCUUUGCCGUGAACAACGGGGAUUACAACAGAGGAUCGUAUGUCAUCAAACACUACGGCGAUUUCAUCAACGAGGCAGCGAAGGAUGACGACGACAGGAACUCCGACUAUGUCGUGCUCACAGAACCGCCCAUUCGAGGCAUUACCGUCGACGAGCUAGCAAAACUAACGACUGGCAAACCGGCCACAAUUGACGAUGUUUACGAUUACGAAACGCAAUUCCGUAAAGACAUACUGAAUAGGUUUGUGGAAAACUUCAACCAGAAUAGUGAACGAUUUAAAGUUGAUUUCCCUAUUUUGUAUAAUAACAGUAUAGUGCACAGAAACAUGCACGAUAAUGGGAGAGGUUUAGCGUCGUCCAGCGCUUUUAUGAAGCGCUUAUAUAACGAUGCGGCGGCGACUAAACCGAACUACCUUCUGCUAAAGAAGCCAUGCGAGCCUAACUGCGAUAAAGUCUCUGUGGAGUUGUCGCCUGCUUACGAACUUCAUUACUACGUCCCCGACCAAGAAGAGAAGGAGGAAGUGGACCCGAGAGCCGCCACAGCACACUAUCGCUAUAGAUUAUGAAACAACAUUAUUUAAGACGGGAUUAUGAUUCAAUGGUGCUUUCCGCACGAAGUAUGCCUUAGAAUAAGGAGUAGUAAGUAGUAAAUCAGUGAUUAGUUCAACUAGUAAAAUGUUGAAGAUAGUCUUCCAAUGAGUUUUAUCCACUAUUGAAUUUGGGUAAAUCUUAGGGUAUUUUAAGUGGAUCUUUUUAUUUAUUUCUGUAAAAUCUUUAUUCAUACGGAUUUGAUACGCGAAUUGAAGUGACCAUUGCCCUGUAUAAGAAACAUACUUAACGUAACAAAUUGAACUAUUAGGAAUUGUAUAAAUGUAAAUCCUUGUUACAAUUUUACAUUUUUACCUUUGCAUAAAUUAGAUGUAACGGUAGAUGAGAUACUAAUAUAUUCCCCACUAUUAUUGUUAUUCGACUCAUAUCGCAAUAUAGUAGAUAUAUUUUCCGUUAUUGUGCAUGUGCACGCCAUGGAAAAACAGACACCAGACCAAAUUAAGGCAUAAAACUAUAACGAUAUGAAUUUUAUUUGGCCGUAGCGUGCAAACUGUGUUCAAAUGCUGUUAUUACGUGUGCAGUGUUCAGGUUUUCGCUGCACGAACAUGUUACUCACUGAUUUAUGUUUUUUUUUACAUUGUAAUAGAUUUAUAGGAUUUCAAAGUUUCGCGUCUUGUACCUAUAAUUGCUUUCAUGUAUGAACAUAAAUAACAGUGUAACUUAUACUGUAACAAUAUUUGAAGUCAGUUCAAGUAUGUCAAUUAUAAUCUUUGGUAGUUAGAUAUGAUUUAAAUUUCGAGUUAAGACAUAAUUUUCCUAGUUCGGUAGACAUUCAAUUGAGGUUCGAAUAUUUUUUUGAGGUCAUAAUAGGUUUUAUUUUAAUUGACUAUUUUUAUUAUCAAUACUAUUGAAGUACCUACUUCUACAAAAAUUAUAAAUAGAUAACUGUUUUGCCAAAACUUAGGUAGGUUUUACAUAAUAUGAGAGUAUCCAUUGCAAAAGUACUUAUAAUUAUUAAUUUGCUCUAUUACCACAUUAUAUUACACAGCAUUCUUACAACAACAGAAAAGAACCUACUAAAAUGUAUCAUUGCAUGUAUAAAAAAUGUGUAUUCGUCUGAGAAUUUUAAAAAUACGUAGGUAUUGAAAUUUGCAAAAAAAACUUUCCUAACACAGUCGUCGAGAGAUCUAACAUCGCAGGAAGGUGCCGCUUCUUACGUUCCUUGAAUUUAAAUAUGCAUUUUCACUUUCCUUGAACGUAAAUCAUUGGAAACUAAGUAGUGAAGUAAUUCUGUAACAAUUACGUAUUUUAUUGUUACGUAUUACUUACAUUUAUGGCAACGUGUCUGUUUGGUUCAUACAUUUAAACGGCUUUAUUACAUCCAAAUAAAAUGUUAUUCCUAAAAACAAUAUUAAACAGGGCAGUCACGAAGAUUUUGUUAUAGAAAGUUUGUUUAUUCUAUAUUAUUUAU